AUGGCAGCCAAGCUUAUUGCCUUUGCGGCCGUGUUGGCGGCGGCCGUGAUCAGCACGGCGUUGGCGGCGACCUACAACAUCGGCGAGCCGGGCUGGUCCUGGGACCUUCAGACCAACUACAGCGACUGGGCCGCCUCCAAGCGGUUCCACCCAGGCGACCAGAUCGUAUUCAAGUACUCCCCGCAGGCGCACGACGUGGUGGAGGUGAGCAAGGCAGACUACGACUCCUGCUCCUGUUGGGAUACGAGCUCCAACGCCAGGCCCAUCGUCACCCACACCUCCGGCAACGACGCCAUCGCCCUGACCUCCGCGGGGAUGCGCUACUUCAUCUGCGGUAUCCCCGGCCACUGCGCCGGGGGCAUGAAGCUCCAGGUCGACGUCGUGCCCAGCGCCACCUCCCUCGCCCCGGCCAGCGCUCCCGGCACCAAUGCCCCGACCUCUCCGUCCACGUCCGGUUCCGCCGCUACCAAGGCCACCGCCACCGGCUUCGCUCUCGCCGGCGUCUUGAUCGCCGCCGGUCUCAUGGCUUAAUUCGCUACUAUCGCUUUGCUGCAAGCCUGACCAGACGUGUUUAUAUAUUUAGUUAUCAUUGAUUGCUGUAUUCUUUUGGUGAGAUGUCGCACGAGAUACAUGUAUGUACGUAUACAGAGAUGAGAACGAGACAUUUGUCAACAUACAUAUAUACA